GGUUUAAUGUUUGUUGAUUACAAUUUCCUGAAUAUCAUUUGACAUGGGAUCGAUGUCAGCGGAAGUCGCAAAAAAAACUAUAUAUAAAGCCCUACGCCAAAUCCAUGCAAGUUCGAUACAAGUUCACCGAGACGAAACGAAACGUCGAGACAGAAGAAUACCAAAUCCUGCUGAAAAACCUGUUGUCUUUCUUUCUCUCUCAGCGUCUGUCAGUCACUUCCGGUUAGGAUUUCCCGUAACAAGCUGAUUUUGGCCGAAUCAUAGUCUCGUAUGUAUAGUACUCUGUUAUCAUAGAGUGUGUUAACAACUCAAGCGUGUACACCUUCCAGUCCCUCCAAUACUGGCUGUGAUCUGCAGCAUGAGAUCCUUCAUAGCUUUUUUACUCCUGAUUAGUGUCACGGUCUCGGAAGGUUUAGUAGCGGAUGUUUCUCGAGAGAUCACUAUUUAUGCAAAUCAGAGUCUGACGUUGUCAUGUCAAACGAGAGAUAGUCCUGAGAAGCUGAUUUACUGGCAUUGGAGAAAUCGGAGUCAUAAGGCCACCGAUAAUUUCGUGAAACAAGGGCCAACUUAUACAAUUAACAAAGCAACCGUUGAUGACACGGGUUUUUUUUCUUGCUCUGCUGCAGAAUGGGGAAUCUGGGCCAUAAUGCACUACAUUUUCGUCAAUGUUAUAGAGCCAGGAAAACCAUCUUGUGCCAACGGAUGGAGUUUCUACAAGAACUCGUGUUUCAUGCACUCCUCUUAUAACAUGGAACGUGUGUGGAGAGAAGCAUCCUCUUACUGCACUGGCUCCUCUGCACGUCUGGCUAAAGUCCCACACGAUUCAGAUGAUGAUACCUUGCGCUUCAUGAGUGUUCUUACCAAGGGAUCCAUCCCAGCUGAGAGAUCUCUCCUUAAUCUUUCCACCGUUUGGGUUGGAUCAGCUAGUCACCCCACCGUCGGUCAUCGAAGGUCUCAAAACCCACAGGGUGGGACUAGCAGCUGCGCUGGUUUUAAUGCGAUAAAGAGAAAAUUAGACGAGGAUGCUUGUACAAAAAAAUGUACCUUUAUAUGUGAACGAGUAUUGCCGGAAGUCCCCAAAGACGUUUCCAUCGAGUACAUAAAUUCUUCCGCUGUCCGUGUUGGCUGGAACUUAGCGUCUUCUGGUAGCAAUGUAACAAAUAAUUAUGUGGAACUGUCUAUUGCAUCCGGGAAUGUUAUCAAACGGCAAUCAUCACACGGAAAGCAGUCUGUCAUUUUCACACAUCUCCUCAGCAACACACAGUAUAGAGUACGAGUACAAGCCGAGAAUACCGCGGGAAAUGGGACGAGUUCACAGUAUGUGUCGUUCAAGAUGAACGAAAAUAUCCUAGUCAUUCCCACCCCAGCAAAGAACAACCAAGUGAUUGCUGGUCACCCCGUCACACUGCGGUGUGGUCAGCCGCACCAUACCGUCCGGUGGUACAGAGAGAAAAGCAACGAACCCCUCAACACAAGUGGCCAAGAACUAACCAUUCACAGUGUUUCCUCGAAGGAUGAAGGUACCUACCAUUGUGAGGUGGAUCAGGGUCCAAGAGUGUCCUUUAAAGUCCUUGUUGUUGAGCAUCCGUUUAUAACUGAUAUAAAAGGAAUUUUCCUUGAACAAAACGACAAAGUGACGAUGAAAAGAGAACUCCUCCUGCUUUGCAACACGACAAACAGGCACCCGCUAAAGUACGCAUGGCUUAAAGAUGGUGAACCGCUGAACAAUGGAGAGGACUCAGUCAAAGUUUCCUUACAAGACGAUGAAACCAAUGGAAAAUACACAUGUCAGGUGUCAAACAUCGCAGGAAAUGCCUCUAGAUCCUUGGUUAUCUCUUCCGUGGGAGGACCAGAAGUAUCAGAGGUCAGUAACGAUCGCUCCAAGUCAACCAAUUUGGUCACGGUCAUUGCUGUUUUCUCCGUACUCCUCAUAAUCUGCUCUGCUGUGGGUUUCACCCACAGAAGGAUCACAAAGUUAAUAACUAAGAAAAUGAAAUCCAGAAAAAUGACAAUGCAGAGCACCUCUACUGAAAUGGCAACUGUGGAGGAAAUGGAAUCACCGAGACCAGAGUCACCCACCGAAACUAUCACGCGCGAUAGCGAUGAGGUUUUCCCUUACGACGUUAUUUCGACAUGGACUGGAUCAAACGGGCUUUACAUGAGUUUGAGACGCGAAGGAAACGAUGGCGAGCUUGAAGAUACCACGCAAGUUGCAAGAACUGACUACACUAACAUUUCCCCUAGCAAUCGUAACAAUAGCGCGGCUAUUUGCAUGUACGCUCCAUUAAUGCAUACUGCAGGAUUGCAAGGUGCCAAAGAGUCGAAAGGUCCAUAUGUGAACGUGAACACCGUGGAGACUUCAUCAGAUAUGUAAGAAAAAGAAAGCCUAUCUCGUUUUCAACUAGUCUUUAAAAAAGGCUCUUUUCUAGUAGAACCUUGUAACUUUUGGAUUUCGCACCUGAUUAGCUGAAAAUGGUGUGAAACCGAAGUAACGUGCAUAUAGAUUGUGUUUCUGAAGUCUAUGACCUUUUCACUCCUGCCUUUGAGACAUUAACAGAGCCAGGCUAAGAGUGGUUUAUGUUUAUUAGCAGCCGCUCUGUACACAAGUAGUGGGACCGUUUCCUCUUUCCAAAUUUUUCUUGCCUCAGGAGAAGUUUCAGUUAGUUUUGUUUUUCCCCUUUUGGUAUGGUCCUCGUGGGACGGACUUUGGAUUACAAAGGUUAAAAAUGAAACUCCCACCCCUAAAAAGCAACGACGGAUGUGUCUCGAAAUGAGGAAGGGACAGGUACCUUCAAUUCUCCAAGAUUGUAGGUGCGCGAAGUAAGAGAGUGACAUAAGAGAGCAAGGGAAGCAGCUGUCGCGUCUACCCUUUUGUACAGUAUGCAUAUUCUCCUUAAGGAAUUAUAUAAAAUUCUAAGGAGCUGAAAAGGAGAACUUGUUCAACAAUCAAGAGCUUCUUUAGUUGUUGAUAAUUUCAUUUAUUCUUGUGACCUUAAUGUGUGAUUCAGGGGUGAUAUUGUAAGGAGAAAUUAGAUGCUGGUGACUCUUAGGGAUCACCCUUAGAUGUCACUCUUCGAUACCUUAAUAUGCUUAUGGCAGAUGAUGUAUGCUGUGUUGUAAAUAAGAUAAGUUAUAGAUGUGAUCUCGGAUUAAUGUUCGCAAAAGCAACCAUAACUAGAAACAUAUUGGACGAGGCUUAGAACGAUCUACGCGAAAAUUGUCAAAGCUGCGUUGUACUUUAUCUUUCGAAGCCAAUGAAAGCUGAUGAGUAAAGGCUGAUAGUUUCGAAAGAAACUGUUUGGGGCUGCGUCGGUGGGAGUAACGAAAUAAUUUGGAUAUACCAACAAAGUUGAAAUGGUAAAUUGGCCACCGUAAUGAUUACAAAGCUGAGGCGAAUAAGACAAAGUGGAUUGUGUAUGUCUGUACUUCAUCUUUCUGGGAUGGUGUAACAAAUUUUAUGACCGUAUUAGCAAGUCGGAGCUGAUGUUUAAUUGAAAUUGAAUAGUGAUACCAUUGUAAAUGUAG